AUGUUCGCCAUCACUUGGUUUCGGGAAGUCGUGGAGUCAGGGCUACUCAAGUUGGAGCAUCUGGCAUCGGUGGACAUGCCAGCCGACAUCUUCACCAAGGCCUUGACAAGGUCGAAGCAUGAGAAGUGCGUGGAGCUGCUAGAACUGGUGAAUGUCAAGGGAAGUGGAGGGUAUUGUCUCGAAGGAAAGUGUUGGGGUUAUCGACAGGGCCAUAAAAUCCCAUCAGGAGAUCGCCUAUCGAUAUGCCGAGCAAUCGACUGA